AUGGCUUCGCAGAGUGGAAACGCGUGGGCCCAGAUGAAGGCUCAGGAGCAAAAGCAGCAACAGCAGACUGCCAACACCAACUUCGAUAAAGUUGCUAUACCUCGGAAGGGUCCAGUCAUGGGUGCCAGACCAACCACCUCACGCAAGUCGUCGGGUCUCGAUUACGACGCUGACCUGGCCCUUCCCAUGCCAAAGCCACGCCACCUUCCUGUGGAAGAUAAUGGUGAUUCCGUCGAGGCUUGCAAGUCGGAUAUCAUGAGCAACCCUAACAUGAGUAAGAAGCGUUCCGUCACCGAGCCAACUCGGCCUGAAGACCUUGUCGAAAACAACAAGGCGGACAAAAACAGUCAGAAAGAAAAAAUGAAAUCGAGAGUGGCUGCGCUCAGGUCCAAGCUCAGUCUCAAAGACCUUGCAAAGGAGUUCCGCAGGGACAGCUCGAGGAACGAGCCAGCAGCGGGCAAUGAAGGCGGACAGAGCUCUGACGUGGAUACUCAGGACUUCAACGAAGAGAAGCUGUAUGUCCCUAAGCCACGAGAACCGGGAGUCUACCCAUCGUCUGCACCACCCUUUCCGUUUAGGGACAUCAGCUUCGGACAGUUUUCGCAGACGAGCGUUGAAUCCUGUGCCGUCGCUAGUUCCAUGGUAAAUGACGAGCAGCCAAACAACGAAAAGUUGAGCCUUGGGCCCUUUGCGGGUAGGCACGCCAUGCAGAGCCCUGUCGAGCAAGAGUCCGAGAGGAAAGUGCAGCUUGAUACCCUGCUUCUGACUGGCUCCUCUCCUGCGGCCCGCGCAGGCGAGCUUGAAAACAGUGGACAGGCGCAGGUCAUCAGGGAGCGACCGAGCAUUCACAGCCUGAGAGCGGAGAACGAUCUGAGCAGCCCUGCAUCGACAAAUAUCUCUUUCUAUGCGGUGGAAGAUGAAUUUGCCGAUCCGAUCUCGCCGUCCAUAUACGACAAUGCCAGUGCUGAGAUGACCCCAGACCUUCCAGAUACCGCCUACAGACGCGGACGGGUUCACACGAAUGAACAUAGAUUUCCUGUGAUGCUUGCGACUGAUCAGCCAAGCUAUCCCGCAUCUUUUAAUCAUGGUCAUGGGGUAGUUCAGCCUACCGUGAUGACAGCAUAUCGACCAGCACUCGAAGAGACGCACACCCAGCAUUUCAAUGCUCAACCUCAUGCAGCAGUUGCUCAACACCCCUUCGCUGGUGUUACAAGUCACGGAGGCUAUGCUCCUCCUCCACCAGAUCCAGACUACCGGAACACAGCGGACCUGGAACAGCAGCUCACGUCUCAUAUCGAAGCAGUCCAUGUCCAUAUGAACAACGUUGUUCAUAGACUUUGCAGGGUACUUGAGAACUCGAACAAUUGGUCAAAGGAUCAGAUUUUGCGACAGACAGACGCCAUGUUCGAUAUACUGCGUCUAAUCAAUGCCCGCACGGCAGGCCAAAAUGAGGCCGUGUCAGACCUGCACCGCGGUAUGACCAAUCUUCAAUGCCAGGUCGGAGCAAUUGAAAUUCAAAUGAGGCGUAUGGAAGAGAGGUUGCUGAUCGGUGUCUCGAGCCAAAUCAACAAAUUGAGAGGAGAAAUCAACGCGUCAAGAACGUCGCCUCAGAAGGCAUGUGCCUCCUGCAACUCAGCACCGGAUCCGAAGGUCACAGGUACUGAGUUGCAGGCGGCUCAAAAUACUCCCGUCGUGACCAAGGAGAGUGAGAAACAACACGAUACAAAUGGACAGCGGUGUGUCAAGAAGGGUGAGAUGGAAGUAAGCAGGGACCAAGAUAGGAGGAAAGGAAAGGAGAAGGAAGAGAGUGAGAACGUGUCCGGGGGUGAGGGCUCUUUGACCCAGCACAACGACCAAGGACCCGCUCAAAACAUUCCGUCCACUACUGUGCCCUUCCGCAGCACGCCUUUGGGAGAGAAACGCCGAGAGAUCACAGACUCUCAGGUGAAGAGAGGAGUGAGAAGAAACCCUGCUCAGGAGUCCUCAGGCUCACCUGAGCCUAAGGCGCCCAAGCUUAGUCGCCAGUCGGUAGCCAACUUUGCUCCUGAGAAUGGACAGAGUUCACUCAUCCAGAACUCACACCUUGACACCAAUGAAGGUGUGAAGACCCCUCACAAGAAGGGGAUGUUUGGAUUCCGCCGCCGGGAUGAUGGUGAAAGUCGUGCUGGCGGCAAAUUCUUGCACACGCCCCGUCGGAAUAAGAAGACAAAGAAUUCCCUAGGACAGAACGGCCAUUCCUCAAUGCCUUCUGUUCCAGCUGCUGCAGUCGGAGCCUCGCAGCCUUCGACACUCGCUGAGGAGAGCCCAAGCUCCAUCCACCCCGCUUUACGCAAUGACAGACAGCAGCAGAUCAUGCGUGACCGAGAGCGCCUCAAAUCUCAGCCGCGUACGCAGACCGGACAGACGACCUGUGCAACCGAGAGACCUACCCCGCAGAGAGGCGGAUUGAAAGAUUCGCACCCUCAACAGAACAUCGGCACCAGCACACCAACCGCAAACCGCUUGCCCGCAAACGCCGUCGCUGUUAAACCCUCUUCGUCAUCGUCACUCAAUAGGGAUAUCCAGGUGCGUCCCCCUGCGGCGGCUGCGCCCCCUCGAGCACACCCGAUGCUGCCGAGCUAUGCUGGCCAAACUCCACAUAAUAUACCUGCUUCCCUUCAAGUUUCUGGUCCUGCGCCUGUCACUGCCUCAGCUCAAACGGGGACACAGGAUUGGCAGGCUGCGACGCGGUAUCCGACAGCGCACAGCGGAGCCUCGCCUGAGAGUAAUCAGAGCAACCAUCAUGCUUAG